UUCCUUAUGAACAUUUCUGUGCAACAGAUAGUGCGCAGCUUCAGCUAAACAGCCACCAUAUUCGGCGAAAUUCUAAAACUUAUAAAAUAUUUUAGCUAGUUAACAUCUGAAAUCUGCCAUAAUCACUGGGUUUGCAAAGAAACUAUAUAAGCUUGUCAACUAAAGGGCUGUGAUCAAGUAUGCUCACGUCUAUUAGCUUGAGGCCUAUUGAACAAGGAAUCUCAACUUAAUUUACGACGGUGACUAAACUGAAAAAGAGAUGGCUUCGUGCAAAAAAGGAGAGAAGAGAAGAAAAGUGAGAAAUGUGAAAACGUUGGAGGAAUUUGAAGACUCAGCUGAAAGGAAAGGAAGGACAAGAGAACAAAAAAAGUACAUCGGUGCUCAUGUGUCCAUAGUGGGAGGGAUAUGGAAAGCAGUUGAAGCAAGUGUAGAAAUGGGGGGCCACAGUUUUGGAUUAUUUUUGGGUUCCCAACGCUCUUGGCAAAGACCUGCUCUUGAUCAGAAAGCUGCAGUGAAAUUUCAGCAGGCUUGUGCUCAACACGGCUUUGACCCAAGACACAUUCUUCCACAUGGAUCUUACUUGAUGAAUUGUGGCUCUCCCAAAGAAGAUGUGUUUAGUAAGAGUCAGGCCAUGCUGGUUGAUGAACUCAGUCGCUGUAGUCUUUUGGGCCUUACUCAGUUCAACUUUCACCCUGGGGCCUCCCUUGACUCCAGCAAAGAGCAAUGUAUUGAGAGGAUUGCCGAAUCUAUAAACAAUGCUCACCAGCAAAUACCUGCAGUCUGUACCGUUCUUGAAAAUAUGAGUGGACAGGGAAGUACGGUUGGUGGAGAUUUUAAUGAACUGAAGUCCAUAAUUGACCGUGUUCGAGAUAAGACACGUGUUGGAGUAUGUCUAGACACGUGCCAUGCAUUUGCAGCAGGUUAUGACAUUUCUUCAGAGGGAGGAGUGAAGUCUGUGCUUGAUGAAUUUGACCAAGUGGUUGGACUACACUACCUGAGAGCAGUUCAUCUAAAUGACUCAAAAGGUAAAUUGGGCUGCCAUUUGGAUCGCCAUGAGGACAUUGGCCGUGGAAAGAUUGGCAUCUCUGCUUUCCGAAACAUUGUGAAUGAGCCUCGAUUUGACAACAUCCCUCUUAUUCUCGAGACACCUGGCCGCCCAGGUUUUGAAUAUGCUGAACAAAUACAGCUCCUGUAUUCUUUAUGUGAGGACUAGAAUGCAAGAGGUCCUCUUCAUUAGACAGUUAUAAACAUUUUGUGUUCUAUUUUAUUCUGUUCACACAUUGUAUAUUUAACACAGGCAUACAAUAAACAUAAAUUGGAUUCAUAUAAUCUGUUAUUUAUAAAGUAUAAAGUACUGUAAAGUGUAGGUGAUUGCACAACUACAAUUUAGUUGUUUAGUCAGCAGAGGGAGCUGGAAACAAGGCAAACAUGAUAGAGUAGGUUGAAAUCCCAGCAGUAAAUCUUAAAAUAGGUCUGCUAAAGCAAUUUUGCUUUCAUAUUGUACUUUCAUAUGUAUUAAAGAAUUUACUCAAUCA